AUGUCAGCUGAACUUUUUGUGGAGAUGGGUAAGAAACAACUUGCGAUGAUGGACUCGGGACAAAUUUACUGCGAAUUAGUGACACAGGAUUUGCAAGAAAAUUGUUCAAAAGCGAAAUCUCAUCGUGUUCAUGAUUUUUCGCAUGCAAAUGAAUUUUGGGUUGAAGAGUCAAUUCAAUCAAGCGAGGGAUCGCCUUUAAAAUCGUAUACAGUGAAUCUUACUCAAAGGUGGUGUGGUUGUGGGAAAUUUCAAGCAUACCGAUAUCCGUGCUCGCAUGUAAUUACUGUAUGUUCUCAUAUUCAAGUUGAUUACAAUGAACAUGUUGACAAUGUCUAUAAACUUACAAUCAUAUUCAAAGUUUAUAAACAUGAGAUUGAAGCGCUCCCGAACGAAAUGUAUUGGACGAAGCAUACUGGUCCUGAAUUGUAUCCGAAUCCAAAAUUGCUUAGAGAUCCUAUAGGUCGUCCACAAUCAACUCGGAUUCGCAAAGAGAUGGAUAUUAGGGAGCCAGGCCAACCAAAGCAUUGUGGAUUAUGCAGAAAUAAAGGUCAUAGUCGUCAAACAUGUCCUUACACAGCAGGAACCUCGGGUGGGGCUACCAAUUAA